AGGUCCCUAUGUUGACUAGUGGAGAAAACUAUAAAUAUGGCUCUCUAUACUUGUAAUACAAUCUUAGCUAUUUCCCGAACAAGAUUCCCCCGCCUUUUUGUCCAUCCUACCUGCUCUUCUUAUUCCCCAUCACUUGCAUAUCUUCAACUGCCAAAUCCCCAAUUAAACAAGUCUUAUAUGAAGAACUAUGGAAGCAAGAAAGAUUCCCCUUUUAUCCAGUCGGGCAGUCAAGUACUUCACUUACACACCAGGACAAUACAAAAGCUACACACGUCAACAUGCUGGCUUCAAGAGGUCCCUGGGAAGCCUCAGCCAGAGAGAGCCAAAGAACAGUCGAAGGUGACGAGCACUCAGCCCACAAAGGAAAUUGGCCAAAAGAUUAAGAAAGUAAAGCGAUCCUACAGACAAAUGAUCUUGGAUGAAAUCAAAUUAUAUGCCAAUGGAUUCUACUUGCUCUGGAUUGACACCAAAGUGGCUGUCAGAAUGGUGUGGAGGCUCUUGCACGGACAGGUGCUGACCAGGCGAGAGAGACGAAGGCUGCUGAGAACUUGCGCUGAUCUCUUCCGCCUGCUUCCAUUUCUGGUGUUCAUAAUUGUGCCCUUCAUGGAAUUAUUAUUACCCUUGUUUCUGAAACUCUUCCCAGAUAUGCUGCCAUCAACUUUCGAAAGUGAAUCCAAGAAGGAAGAAAAACAGAAAAAGAAGAUGGCCGCCAAGUUGGAACUAGCCACAUUUCUUCAGGAAACAGUGACAGAAAUGGCCAAGAGGAACAGAGCCGCGCUGGGUGAUGCCUGCACACAGUUCUCAUCCUAUGCACAGCAGGUCCAGACAGGCCACAAGCCUAGCACGAAGGAGAUAGUUCGCUUUUCCAAACUAUUUGAGGAUGAACUGACCAUGGAGCACUUAGACCGACCUCAGCUGGUUGCCCUUUGCAAACUGCUAGAAUUGCAGGCCUUUGGAACCAACAAUUUGCUCCGCUUUCAGCUCCUGAUGAAACUGAAGUCCAUAAAAGAAGACGAUGAAGUAAUUGCCAAAGAAGGGGUGAGUGCUCUGAGUGUGUCUGAACUCCAGGCUGCCUGCAGGGCCCGCGGGAUGAGAUCACUGGGUCUCACGGAGGAACAGCUGAGACAACAGCUCACUGAGUGGCAAGACCUCCACCUGAAGGAGAACGUCCCUCCUUCUCUUUUGCUCCUGUCACGCACCUUCUACCUGAUCGAUGUGAAGCCAAAGCCAAUUGAGAUACCCGCAAGUGUGGAGGUUCCAAAGAUGGAUAUUCCUAUAGAUUCAUCUACUUCCCCUGAACCUAAGGAGAAUUUGGUGGAUUUUGUACCUCAACUGAAGGAAACUAAGGAUGAACAACUGAUACAAGUGCCACCAGUUACACCCUCCCCACCCAUGCCACAGUCAGCAUCUAUUUCAUUACCGAAAGGACCCAUCACUUCUUCAAAAGAAGCUACACUGCAGGCCAACUCACAAAAUACAUCUCAGAGCAGCAAAGCUAGUUCAAAAGGGGCCUAAGGACCUUGGAGGACACAGCUCACCUC